UCCAGCACCAAGAAAAGAAGUCCAAGGAGCUCUGAAAACCUCACCUUCCAUAGCCAACUCGAGCUCAAGCUCAAACAAGAAAAAAAAAGAAGAGGUUUGGAGAAGAAGAAAGGUAGAAAAAGUGUGAACAAUCAAGGAACUUGACUAAAGUGUUCCUAAGUCUCGCCGGAGUCUCGUCGGAGUUUCGCCGGAGUUCACCGGAGUAUUGCCGGAGUUCAACCUAGAAGGGUAGAGCUUCUUCAAGCAAAUUCGAGGUGAGGAUGGCUGACUAUAUUGCGUAUAAUUAGUGAGUUAAUUUCAUGAGAUUACCGAAGGUAAUUAAAUGUGUUUUUAUGGAUUAUUAAUGAUUAAUAAUGCCUAAGAAUGAAAAGGCUAAAUGUCUAGAGAAAAAGGAUCAUGAUAUACAAAUUUAAGAAUAAAUUGUGUAUGUUCAUGUGUUAUGACUAUGUCGACUUGAAAGUGGAAUUUAUUAUGAAACAUGUGUUGAAAUAUACUUUUUCUUCAUAUUAGAAUAUAUGAGUGAUUAAAAGUGAUAUUUUGGAUAUUGAGAUAAAUGAUGUUUUCAAAGGAAAAUCAGUUGGGAUUGUCUAUAUGACUAUGAGUUGAGAACUUGGUUUGUUGAUAUUAAUUUGACUAGUAUUAAGAUACUAGUUGGACAUUAAAAUGAAAUGUUGUUAAGAUUGAUCCAAAGGUUGGAUUGUGAAAUGUUAUGCCUUAAGUAGUCUUAAGAGAUGCUUUAAGAUAGGAAAGUAUGAACUUUAAGUUAUACUAGGGGUAGGCCUUAAGGGAUACCCAAGAUAGUGUGAAUAUUAAAUUGAUCCUAAGUAUAGGAUUGGCCUACGGGUGUGAUCGGUGAUUCUUGUGGAUAGCCGGUUGAAUUAUGGAAAUAGUAAGGACCAUGGCCCUUCCCGACUCUAGAGAGCGGGGUUGGAUAGCAUGGACUUACAUCGUGAUCACGGGUUAGAGUGGAAUCCGAAUCGGAGACCUAACUAGGUUCCGGUAGCGGUAACACAUAAGAAGACGUGGUUCGUGCUUCGGGGGAGGCCACCUCACAGUUUCAGGUAGAACUUGAAGGUUGCUACCGGCGCCCGUUGCUUCGGGGAUUUUCAAGGGAGAAGACGUGGUUCGUGCUUCUUCUGUUUCCUGUUUUCAAAACAAUUAUAAUAUUGCUCAUGGAUAUUAUUUUGAAUAACUAUUUGGGGGCUUGCAUGCCCAUGUUUGCCAAAGUGUGGCUAAGCCACUUCUAUUAAAUGCUUCCGCUGUUUUAAAUGAAUGUUUUACAUUAUGUUUGUUUAUGGAUGUACUAUGUGUGAAUGAUAUUCAUGACGCCUUGUAUAGUAUGGAUGAGUUGGACUACGGUUGACUAUUCGUACUGUACGGCGGGUUGUAGACGUGUCCGGCUAGGUCCGGGGCGUGACAUGGAAUCUGCAUUAAACAAAGACAGUAUGCUCUAGAUAUUGUAAAUGAAUGUGGAUUAUUGGAUGCUAAACCAUCUCUAUAUCCCAUUGAUCAAAAUAACAAUCUUAGGCAAUACAUUGGAAAGAUGUUAGAUGAUCCCAAAGAAUACAGAAAGAUCAUUGGGAAGUUACUGUAUUUAACAGUAACCAGACCUGAUAUUUCACAUGCACUUAACACACUCAGUCAAUUUGUUGCUAGACCAACUGAUGUACAUUUUGGUGCAACAAUGAGAGUUGUACGUUACAUCAAAGGAACUGCAGGACAAGGAUUACUAUAUUCAAAAGAAAAUAACAUGCAAAUUCGAAUGUAUUGUGAUGCUGACUGGGCAGCAUGCAAAGAUACAAGGAGAUCAAUAACUCGUUACUGUGCUUUUGUGGGUGGUUCUUUGGUUUCAUGGAAAUCUAAAAAGCAACAAACAGUAUCAAGAUCAUCAGCAGAGGCAGAAUAUAGAGCAAUGGCUGCAGAGCAAUGGCUGCAGGAGUAUGUGAGUUAAAAUGGUUGAUGAGGGUAUUAGAAGAUAUGGGAGUUGAGCAAGAAGAUAAAUGCCUGUUAUUUUGUGAUAAUGUUGCUGCUCUACAUAUAGCAUCAAAUUUAGUCUUCCAUGAACACACAAAACAUAUAUAAAUAGACGGCCAUGUCGUGCGGGAAGAAUAUAUGAAAGGAUUGUUCAAAAUGGUACAUUUGAGAACUGAAAUGCAAAUUACAGAUAUGUUCACUAAAGGAAUAUCAGCAAAACCUUUGCAGUUUUUAUCAAGCAAGAUGAGCAUAUACAAUAUGUAUGCACAUUUUGAGGGGGAGUAUUGGAGUAAUAAAGACGGUGAUGAUCAAGAAAAGAAGACUCCAGAAUUACCAGCUAAGCUAACUAUCAAUUCAGUUAGUUCGAACUGAAUUUAACAACUUGAUG